AUGAUACGAAGUUAUCGUAGUAAUGUUUAUGUGGGUUAUAUAGAAAAAACGAAGGUUGCUAUCAAACGGUUCUCUAGAGAUUAUUCUUAUGAUUGGUUUUGCUCAGAGUUGGAGGUGCUGUCCCAGGUUCGAUGCAUGAACGUGGUGUCCCUGGUUGGGUACUGCUAUGAUGGGCAUGAGAUGAUCUUGGUGCACGAAUACAUGUCCAACGGUAGCCUAUCCGAUCGUCUCCACAGUUGUAAUAUUGAUAAUCAAUGUCUCUCAUGGAAGCAGAGGCUCCAAAUCUGCAUUGGUGUCGCCCAAGGACUGAACCACCUUCAUACAGGUGUGGAGGGGAAGACAAUUAUUCAUGGUGACGUGAAGCCGCACAACAUUCUCUUUGGUAAAAACUGGGUUGCAAAGAUUUCAGAUAUCAAUUUAUCCUUGUCGCGGUACCACGAGGUCAUCACCACAACAGUUUUGGAGGGAUCACUUGGCUAUCUUGAUCCAGAGCAUUUUCUUACUUCUCGAUUCACAAUAAAAUCUGAUGUUUACUCUUUCGGCGUGGUGUUGCUUGAAGUGUUGUGUGGGAGGGAGGCUUUUUUAUUCGAUGAACAGGAAAAGCAUAGGUUUCUAAGCAAGUGGGCCAUAGAGUGUAUAGAAGCAGGGUCAGUUGAAGAGAUCAUUGAUCCAUAUCUGAUGGGGAAGAUUUUGCCUCUUUCUUUGAGCGUGUUUGUGGAAAUUGCUAGCAACUGCUUGCUUCUCAGAAGUACUGAACGCCCUUCGAUGAUUGAUGUUGUGCGCAAACUCCAGCUGGCCCUGCAACUGCAGGAAACUGCUGAUGCUCCAUUGGAGUGA